GGCACUCGUCACUUGAGGAAGGCGUGCGGUAACAUUGUUUUAGUGUUAUGGAUCAAGUCUUCAGAAGCUGUACGGAUCUCGUGUAAUCCCACAGGUCGGUCGACGGUCCGCCGAGUCAGGUGAUUGAGGCUCUGGACGGUGUCACGCAUCUUGUGCUUGCCAUUCCUCGCUUUCCCGUUUGCCCCUCAGCUCGGAAUACGGGUAACAUAUCCUUUCAACUCCGGGCAGGGAAUACCCUUGAAUAACACCUUGACAUGGUUCGAACCGCCCAGGGCAAGGCCGGGAAGAGGAGUAGACGAGGAUGUCUUCGCUGCAGAGCAAGCCACCACAAGUGUGAUGAGCAACAGCCUCGCUGCGGUCGGUGUCAGCGACUGAACCUGGAAUGUGAGCCAUCUGACUUUAUAGUCCCUUCCAGCUGGUGCUCGUCGACUCUCAAAACCGCAGUCGUAGAGAAUGGAGGCCCUGCAUCAACAUGCGACGUAUUCAACAGUAUAGCCGUUGUGUCCCCCAAUCAGCCAGAAUCAGCCUCCCAGUUGCUACCAGCUUUAGACGCCGAAAAGGUCUCAUUGAUUCAGGCCUACCAAAAUGGCAUUGCGGAAUGGAUGGAUCUGUUCGACGACGAAUCGCACUUUCGACGGGCGGUCGUUAAACGAGCCGUAGAUUCCCCAUUAUUGAUGAAUGCAAUCUGUGCCUUGAUCGCGAGACAGGUCGGCAUCGCCGAUCGAGAAGAGGUAUGGAGGGCCACCGCAGCCCGAUACUAUGGAGAAAGCCUCCAACAGUUGAUUACCGCCCUGGAACUUCCAGCGUCGUGUCCCGAAGACAACCUUGCUGCGACAAUUCUGUUGAGCAGUUACGAACUUCUCGCUCUCCCAGGACUGGAUCACCAGCGUCAUGUGUCUGGCGCUUUGACCCUCAUCCGAACCCACGCAUGCAGAGCCAGUUCAAACGGCAUAAUGGGGGCUGCAUUCUGGGUCUACGCCCGGCAGGAUGUCGCCAUGGCGUUGGUACACGAAUGUCCCACGAUGCUUCCGCCCGAGGAAUGGGGGGUCUCAUGGGCCGAACAGGAAAGAAAAGAAGACAAGCUUGGAAACAAAAUGGUCUGGCUAUUAGCUAGGACGAUAGCACACACAUUUCGAAAAGAGGUUGUGCUGUCUGUCAGAUCGCUUUCCGAUAACAGAGCCUACCUCAGACGAGAACUGGAUGCCUGGUUGGAGAGCUUACCCGACUCAUUCCACGGCAUCCCCUAUGAGUACCCUACCCCGGAAGGGUUUUCCAGGCUCUGGUUUGCCGUCCCAUCGACAGCGGCAGCGAUGUGUAUGUAUCAUUUGGCUCACCUCUUAAUGUUCAUGGAAGGCUGCAACUCGCUCUUAUCCACAGAGGAUGAAUCACAGUCCAAAGUUCUUGAUCACGCGCAGUCAAUCGCCGCUAUAGCCUUAUCACCAAUUCCCGACGCGGCAUUAGUGCAGGCAGUACAACCCCUCUAUUAUGCGGCAAAGCAUAUCGACUCGGUUGCCAAAAAGGCCAAGAUAUGGGCACUUUUGGAUCGAAUUGAAAAUCAACUAGGGUUUCAUACGGGUGACCGAAUUAAACAGCUACAGGAGCAAGUGACACUAUGUUAAGAUAACCAAGGCAAUUGUGUCACAUUUCUCUCAUGGAGAUUGGGGUUCGACGCAGAUUGAGCCAAUGUGUUUAGAUUUGACCCAAGGUCUGAUCGAGAAACUAUUAUCCCUCAGAUAUAUGUAUCUAUACAGACUUGAUUUUCUAGAAUCAAUGAGACCUUCCCUAUUUAGAUGAGGCCGCUUUGAUGAGGGCGCUCAAGAGAUCACUUACUAA